AGUGACGAUAAACCUAUCUAAACAGCCGAGUCAGUUAUAAAGAGAAACCACCGGGCUACACGCGCCUUCGUCUCAGUUUGACCCAAGCUUUCUUCGGGCGAGCCACGACUAUCAUAGAGCACUUCAGCCGAACAUAAUCAGACGCCAACUUCACCAACAUGAAUACCAUGAAAUCAGGUUGGUUCAGCGAGAUGAACGAUCUCUGGCCUGGCGUUGCACUCUCGCUGCAAGUGGAGGAAAUUCUGCAUUCCGAACAUUCUCGGUUUCAAGACGUCUUGGUAGUAAAAACAAAAUCACACGGCAAGGCUUUAAUGCUUGACGGCGUAAUCCAAUGCACAGAAAAUGAUGAGAUGUCCUAUCACGAGAUGAUAUCAUAUUUGCCGCUCUGCAGUCACCCAAAACCUCAGAAUGUUCUGAUAGUCGGAGGUGGUGAUGGUGGGGCUGCCCGAGAAGUCUCGAAACAUCCAGAUGUAAAACAAGUCACGCUAGUGGACAUCGAUGACCGAGUUAUCGAAGUGUGCAGACAAUAUCUGCCUCGUUUGAGUUUGGGCCUUAAUAAUCCUAAAGUAAACGUAUCUGUUGGCGACGGCUUCGAAUUUCUGAGGGACCAUCGUGGAGAAUUCGAUGUCAUUAUUACUGACAGUAGCGAUCCCGUAGGUCCCGCUGAGAAUCUCUUUAAACAAUCAUAUUAUGAACUGCUGAAGGCUGCGUUGAAACCUAGUGGAAUUAUUGCUAGUCAGGCUGGCACAGCAUGGAUGAAUAUGGACCAAGUGCGAAGCACAUUUCAGCACUGCAAGGCUGUGUUUCCUACUGUUGCCUACGCGGUAACAGCUGUACCGACCUACCCCACGGGUCAAAUCGGUUUCGUUCUUGGCAGCUUAGAUCCACAAGCGAAUUUGACCGAACCGGUGCGGGUAUUCAGUGACGAGGAUCUCGACCGUAUGUCAAUGACGUAUUACCAUGAUAAGAUGCAUCGGGCUGCUUUUGUCUUACCCAGAUUUGUGGAGAAGGCUUUGCGAGGUGCUUGAAGUAUUAACUGAAUAUUUAAUGAUAUUUAUUACAUUCGAUUUAAAAAUAGCAGAUGACGUAUUUACACUGAUAUUCGCGUGUAAAUAAUGCUUGAGAUUGUAUAACGUGAUGAAAAAUAAUAAAA